CUUUUCUGUGAAUAUUUUUUUUUUCUUUUUGACGUUAACGCAUGUGUUGGUGCGUCGAUCGGGUACAAAAAUUCUUGGCUUGUUUGAAGACACUUAGAAAAGGAAAAAAACUUCUCUGUAUAUAUCUCGCGUUUUUAAAACUCAAAGUUAAAAAUGCUAUUAAAUUUCUAUAAUCAAGUAUUCAAUACAGGGAUAAGAAGGACAAAUUUUUGAAAAUAUAUCUCUUUAUUUUGAAUAUAUAAUACUCAGAGAAGAAAGAAUUCAGAAGAAAAUCAGAAGAAGCAAAGACCAAUCUUAUGACUCGGCGGCGGAUUGUGCUACGUAUAAACAAACGGAUUCACUUUUAUGCCCAAACGGUAGCGACAGAAGCUUUAUGUCACCGUUAGUGCGAUGUCGCUUAAAUUGGAGAUUUCGUCGAGGGACAAUCUUAAUACUCUCUCACAAUCGCAGGAGGAACGACGUCGUACCGGAAGAUACGUCGCGGGCGGAACAGCUCUCGCAGUUACAUUGCUCGGGCUACAUCAUUUACUUGUACAGGGUGCGUCCACGAUAGCGGGUGUGUGCAUACCCGCCAUCAUAAUGGCCUUGUACAUAAUAUGGGUGCUGUACUCAGCCCGCAGGGACAGGCGGAAGGCGCUGAGGUUCGCUACGGCGAUGCAGUUGACUGAGGUUCUCAGCAUCCCUACCAGAUCCAGAUCUAACGUCAUUUGCAAGAAUUCUACGAGCAACAACAAUUUAGAGAAAAACACGUCAAAUCAAUACAAAUCAAAAAGCAUUCGCGAAAAUCCUGCUUUUUUUGAUAAAGAUGAAGCGUAACAAAAUUAGUUGAAAAUCUGAAAAAUGUUUUGAAAAAUUGUAUUAUAAAUAUAAUUAUUACUAAAUGCUCAAAGACAAGUCAUAUUAUGUUAUUU